AUGAGUGACAGGGCUUUGGACGCUCUUGCCGAACGCGUCAGUGCGAGGAGGGAGAGCUUCGACGAUAUGAGCAGUGACGAAGGACACCAAGCCCUCGAAGUACUNUUCAAUCGAUACCAUCCCUAUCUCUUCUCGGAUUCUGAUUAUCAUCUCUGGCAGGUCAUUUUCGAAGGAUCAUCAACACCACGACGUAAAUCGUCAAUUGUCAAGACCAACAUGCGACCCAGUACACAGCGUAACGACACUUCAUGCUUCAUCCACAACAUGCUGGAGGAGAAAGACGGCGGUACAAAAGUUGAGCAGAGUCUAGAAGGGGAACAUCAAGAGAGACCGGCAGACAAAAUCUCAGGCACACCUCCACAACAUGGCGACCACAUGCAGUCUCGCUUGCUCACCAAGAAGCAAUUGUCCGACAUGGCAUUCGGUAUUCGAGAGCUAUCCAAGCGUUUGGGUCGAGUCAAGUUGAUGCUCAAGGUCAAGAACAUCUUUGUCCUUACCAAGCUCACCGAUGCUACUCUGUGUGCCAAGGCCGCGGAGCUGACAAAGUGGUUGCUGGAUCAGAAACAGGCACAGUAUACUGACAAACUCAAGGAUCUAAAGUCUUUUGACAUCCCGUGGAUCCUCGAGGGUGACGAGUCCAAAACAAGCAGGCUAAAGUACUGGGACGAGGAGCUCUGCAAGAAGAUGCCACACAAAUUCGAUAUUGUUCUCGCUCUUGGUGGUGAUGGUACUGUUCUCUUCGCCUCCCUCCUAUUUCAACGCAUCGUACCUCCUGUUCUCAGCUUCGCCAUGGGAUCGUUAGGUUUCCUUACCAAGUUCGACUUUGCCAGAUACACGUCCAUUCUACCUAGAGCCUUCAGCGAUGGCAUCACCGUCUCUCUUCGUCUCCGUUUUGAGGGCACCAUCAUGCGAAGCAUCCGUCGCGACGGCGACAGUGAUGAUGACCACAAACAGAGAAGACUGGAUGAGGAACUCGUAGGUGCCGAGGCUGACGACCAUCACACUCACAAACCGGAAGCGGCAUACCACAUCCUCAAUGAAAUCGUGCUUGACAGAGGUCCAUCUGGGUCCAUGGUCCAGCUAGAUGUCUACGGAGACGAGGAAUGCUUCACCACAAUUGCAGCAGAUGGUCUUAUUGUUGCUACUCCAACAGGCAGCACAGCGUACAAUUUGGCAGCAGGUGGAAGUCUCUGUCACCCAGACAAUCCCGUCAUUCUCCUCACCGCCAUCGCUGCACACACGCUAAACUUCAGACCCAUCAUUCUUCCCGAUACCAUGGUUCUGCGCAUCGGUGUACCAUACGAUGCGCGUAGUUCUGCAUACACCAGUUUCGACGGCAAGUAUAGUCAUCCNAGAACUGAGCUAUGCCCUGGCGACUAUGUUACCAUUUCUGCCUCGAGGUUCCCAUACCCUAGCGUGCUGCCAUUGAAUAAACGCAGCGAAGACUGGAUCGAGAGUAUUUCGCGCUCGUUGGAUUGGAAUUCGCGAGCGAAGCAAAAGCCGUACACGGAAGAGAAGAAAAAGGAAGACGGCGAGAACAAGUCUUAG